CACAAUCCUUACAUCAGUGGACGGCCACGCGUGGUCACAUACUCGUAGCCUUGUUGCAUGGUCUCCCCCACUACAAGGAAAAUUCAUUUGUUCAGCCAAUAGGCGUCGAGGAACGUGGGGCUUGUCAACCAGGCUUAAGGCUGCUACAAUACAUAUAAGCGUGCUCUGCACCAGGCAACAUGUCAACGUUCAGGUGUACUUCGUCGGGGAUACCAAUUGCCCGAAACAUUGUUCACUACAAGCAUUUCUCCACCUUCAAGAAUUCCAAAAUCAUCAGCUACUCGAACUUGAGAUUGAAUAUCCAAUGUCAGAGGAAGACCUUCUAUAGUCGGGAUUUUUCGACUCUUCGAAAGGACACCGUCUUGCGGCAAGGCUUUGGUUCAUCGGCGAUUUUGACACUUGACAGACGUUACUCCGAUCAAGUUCGCAAGAUGCCGGAUUUCGUUGAAAAAUACUAUCCGCAAGUGUCCAAUGUGGUAACCCAUGCCACGAAGUCUUCAACAUCCACUGAGGAUAUCUACGAUCAUAUAAAGGGCGUUCCAGUCGCGAGCCGGCUAGCGAAGCCUCUCGCACCGAGGAUCCGAGCUUACUUGGAAGAGUGCGUCGCACUUUGUCGUCCCGAUAACGUUUACGUCUGCGAUGGAAGUGAGGAGGAGAACCUGCAGCUGCUCAAGCUACUCGAGAAAAAAGGAACCAUCAAAGCUUUGCCUAAAUAUGAAAAUUGCUGGUUGGCGAAGACGAAUCCCGCCGACGUCGCACGCGUGGAGAGCAGGACCUUCAUAAGCACGGAUGAGAGAAGCAAAACCAUUCCAACUCCACGUGACGGGGUCAAGGGAACCCUAGGGAAUUGGAUAUCACCGGAGGACAUGAACAAGGCUGUGCUUCAGCGCUUUCCAGGCUGCAUGAAAGGCCGCACCAUGUACGUCGUUCCCUUCAGCAUGGGCCCCGUAGGUUCAGACUUGUCGAAGGUGGGCAUCGAGAUCACGGAUUCCGCCUACGUGGUUUGCUCGAUGCGAGUGAUGACCAGGAUGGGAGUCGCCGUUCUUGACUCCUUGGGCAACGACGAGUUUGUUAAGUGUCUCCAUUCCGUCGGAACCCCGGCUAGCAACACGACCCACCCCGUGAUGUCCUCUUGGCCUUGCGAUCCGGAAAGGACGAUAAUCCUCCACAAACCAGCCACAAACGACAUUGUUUCUUACGGUAGUGGAUACGGGGGUAACUCUCUCCUCGGAAAGAAGUGCUUCGCUCUCAGAAUUGGCUCCACGAUCGCCAGAGACGAGGGAUGGCUCGCCGAGCACAUGCUGAUCUUGGGAAUUACGAACCCCGAGGGCAGGAAGCGCUACAUUGUAGCCGCUUUUCCCAGCGCGUGUGGAAAGACAAACUUGGCCAUGAUGCAGCCGACACUUCCCGGGUACAAGGUGGAGUGCGUGGGGGACGAUAUUGCCUGGAUGAAGUUCGACAAGGAGGGAAAAUUGCGGGCGAUCAAUCCUGAGAAUGGGUUCUUCGGCGUGGCACCGGGUACCAGUACCCUCAGUAAUCCUAAUGCGAUGAAAACAGUCUUCAAGAACACAAUUUUCACGAACGUUGCUGCCACUAAUGAUGGCGGUGUGUUUUGGGAAGGCAUGGAAGACGAGCUUGGGGAUAAGGUGGAGGUCGAGGAUUGGUUAGGCAACAAGUGGAUGAGAAGCUCGAAGACACCAGCUGCUCACCCUAAUUCCAGGUUUUGCACACCCGCGAAACAGUGUCCUAUUAUAGACCCGGCCUGGGAAAAUCCCGAGGGGGUGCCAAUCGACGCCAUAUUGUUUGGUGGCCGAAGACCAGAGGGGGUUCCACUUGUCUAUCAGGCCAGAAAUUGGCAGCACGGAGUUUUUAUCGGUGCAACAAUGCGCUCUGAGGCAACUGCCGCAGCUGAACACAAAGCCAAAGUCAUCAUGAAUGAUCCUUUUGCUAUGCGACCCUUCUUCGGGUACAAUUUCGGCCACUACCUUCAGCACUGGCUGAGUAUGGCCGAUGUACCGAACGCGCAACUGCCCGCCAUCUUCCAUGUGAAUUGGUUUAGGAAAGGAGCCGAUGGAAAGUUUCUCUGGCCAGGUUUCGGUGAAAAUUCCCGAGUUCUUGACUGGAUCCUACGACGAGUCGACGGAGCUGAUAUUGCCGUCGAAUCACCGAUCGGUCUUCUCCCUAGAUCUGGUACUCUUAAUUUGGAGGGUCUAAAGAAUCCCGUCGACACAAACGAACUGUUCGAUCUGCCCCGCGAGUUUUGGCAACGUGAAGCUGCCGAGCUCAGAGAAUACCUUGAGGGUCAGGUCAACGACGAUUUACCGCAAGAAAUCACAACACAAUUGAAUAUUCUUGCGGGAAAAGUCGCCAACAUUUAAGCUCACAAAUUCAUCAGCUAAGAAUAAGAUGGGAAAGUUGCAUCGGUCUGUGAAUCACAGCUUUAAUUAUUCAGACUUUUUCUAUGUUGAUAAUUGUAAAUUUUUUUUUGUCUUUGGUUAAAGCUCGGACGAAUUUAUUGUACACACAUUUUAUCCGGUUAAGGCAGUGACGUGUAUAUUUCGAGUCCAAUUGCGUAUUUCUAAGAUUAUUUUUAAGGUAUUAAGUGUAUUACUCCCGAAUUCUUGAAGGCACGUGAAUUUUUAAAUUACAAAUUUUACCUCGGGGGAAACUGUUGGCACAGUUACCAGCUGUAAUGCACUAUAUAAAUGUGAUAAUGAAAGUGUUUAGAAGUGGAUGAAUAUACGGUAUAAAUGUGUGAAUAGUAUUAUAAGAAGAUUUUAAGUUGAAUAGAUAUUAUAAUGUAUUUGUCGAUAUUUUAAAUUUUAAUGUGUAUGAAUAUUUUUAUAACAAUGAAGAAAAAAAAUUAAGGAAUAAUAUCAAAUCA